AUGCAGUCGUUCUACGUCGUGUCCCUAAAGUUUAGCUUUCCCCUAGGCAUUGAUUCUGUUUACCUGGCACCUGGGAGCAACAGCGAGGUUACCGUCCUACCUUAUAUCGCCUUGGAGGACCGCCUCGUUCCGUGGGAUCGCGAGCCCACGAUUGAACCGGAAAGGGUUAAGAAGGUCAUCUACAGGCUGCCUCCCGAUGUGAAAAAAGAGCAGAGUGACACCUGCGCCCUCCGUAUGCGAUAUCUGAACGAUGUCACCACAACAAUCUCCUACGACUCUCCAGAAGAUGACCGCGACGCUACCGGUCCCGUUCAAGUGAUACUUUUGGAGCCGGAUCUAUUCGCUGCCCCCUUCAUUGAUGACAGUCAACCUACUACAGGAGGACAAGAGCCUCGUGUGUCUAAGUACAGGUGCCUCUCUCACCUCCGGAAGACAACAGCAGACGGAAUGACGUUCUUCACUGUCAUCAUUUCCCCUCGCAAGUCUUCCAUUGGAGCCGGUGUGCCCACCACGACCAUCGUCCACUUUGCGUCUCUGACAAUGGCGUCAGGGCUCACCCCGUCGCCUCCACCGUCCCAGCGAGUCGCAGCACUUAGCCUGUACCGCUAG